UGUCUGUCCAGCUCGGCGCUGCGCCGCUGCUGCAGCAGCAGCUUGUCUCUUUUCUCUUGCGGGCAGCAGCUGCUGGCUUUCUACCGUCUUCGUUUCUUCAAGCUGCAGCUGCUCGAGGCCUUCAGCAGCAAAUUCGCAAAAGCAGCAGCAAGGCUCUACGCCCAGCUGCAGCAGCAGGAACAGGCUGCGCAGCACACGCGCCUGCAGCAGCAGCAGCUGCAGCAGCAGCAGCUCCAGCUCUCCUCGCUGCAGCACGCACUGCUGCAGUCCCUCACGCUCUCGACAACGGUGAUGGGCCGCAUGGGCGUUUUGCAUUUGCCGCUGCUGCAAACAGUGACAAAGAUCCAUAUUUUCUUCCCCCAAACAAUCAGCGCCAUGGGGGCCUCGCAGCUGCUGCUUUGCUGCUCCCAGUUUUGGAAGCAGCAGGAAGGAGACGCUCAGCUGCGGGCCUUCUUGCGCUGGGCGUUGCCGCGCCUGUUUAAUGCUGUCCGCGAGCUGGCAGCGCCGCUGCCACCGCAGCAGGCUCUAAACAUUUUAGCUGCUGCAGCACAAAUACAAAUGAGAGACGCAAAAACUAUUUCUUAUCUUCUUUGGAUUCUUUCUGGACAGUCCACAAGCAGCAGCAGCAGCAGCAGCAGCAGCACGCAGCAGCAGCAGCAGCAAAGUGAUGGGAGCUGCAGGGCGCCCCACAGGGCGUUCGCUGCUCAAGGCAAAUCGCUGCAGUACACAAAUGAAGUUUUCCACGAUCUAAACCCUGCACCUUCGCCUUUCUGCUACCCUGCGAUGCCGCCGUGUCCCUUUGACGCGGCCAAGUGCCGGGUGCUGCUCGAGGGUUUGGAGGCGCAGCAGCUAACAGCUCUUGUGGGGUUUGUGGACUCUCUGGCUUUCUGGACUCCAACAGCAAUGCACAUCGUCUACCAGGUGUGGGAACUGCUGCAGGGGCAGCUGCACGACAUGCGUGCUGCUCAGAUUUUGACUUUGGCGCUGGCAUUCAGAGACUGGCAUUUUAGAGAUUGGGAAAUGCCCCUGGAGCUGCCUGAGCCAGAGGGUGCAGCAACAGCAGCAGCAGGGGGCGCAGCAGCAGCAGCAGGGGGCGCAGCAGCAGCAGCAGGAGGGUCCGGGGUCCGAGGUCCCGCGCUGUGUCUGUCUGAAGCGAACGCAGCAGCAGCAGCAGCAGCAGCACUAAGCCCCCGGCUGGCGCUGCUGCUGGCCUGGAAGGAAGAUUUAAUUUGCUGCUGCAUCGAAGCCAUGGGCAGACACCUCAACUAUGCAGCAGAAACUUGGGGCUGCCUCCGCAAGGCCCGGCUGCUGCAGCACGCUGUCAGCCUCGGCCUGAUGCUUCCCCACCUGGACCUGCUGCAGCAGCAGCAGCAACAGCUUCAGCGGGUGCUGCAGCAGCAGCAGCAGCAGGUGCAGCAGCCGCAGCAACAGCAGCAGCUGCUGCUGCAGCAGCACGUGCAGCAGCAGCAGCAGCAGCGGCCCAGUCUGGUGCUGCACCUCCCCAUUCGUGGGGACUUGGGGCCCCUGCCGCUGCUGGAACUCACCAGCAGCAGCAAGCUGGGGGCCCCCCCCACCGAUACCUCACAGGGGGCCCCCCAGAGGGGCCUUCCUUGGGGGGCCCCCCGAGACGCGGCCUCCCCUGGGGGUCCCCCUGCCUGGGGGCCCCCCGCAGGGGGCCCCACUUGGGGGGCCCCCUCGGGGGGCCCCUCUUGGGGGGCCCCCCCGUGGAGCCCCCUUUGGGGGGCCUCCUCUGGGGGCCCCCCGGAAGAGCGCUGUGCUGCUGAGCAGCUGGGA